ACCGUUCAUCAAAACGUUGCCUACCAUGUCACAUUGGGCCUGAGAGCAUUGGCAAAGGUCAUGGGCUGUUUUGAAUCCAGGUCUUCCGGUGAGGUUGUUGGACGAGAAGUUCGGCAUGCGAUUCCCAGGAGUUCUUCGGAGGUGGAUGAUGAUCUUGGCUGGGUGGCCGGCGACAAAUCGCCCGUGACGCCUGCUCGAGCCUUCGCCUCCUCCAACAGGAACAUUGGAGAGGACGCUCCUUUGGAUGUUCGCAUUCAGAUUGAGCUGGAUGGCGGGUGGCGAGACUGCUCCACAGAGGAGACUCGGGCCAUUUGCCAACAGCUGGCAAAGGGGGAGAUGAAAUUCACGAUCCAUGCCCGUGGUCAAAACUACAACAUUGACUUUUCGGGUGCUGAAGGAGGAGGACAGCAAACAAAUAUCAGCACUGGCAAGUCGCGGAGGUUGCGAAUUUUGGACAAAGGCGAGGAAGAACCUGUGCCGGAGGAAGAUGUGGCAGCAUUAUCGGAAUUUCCGGAUGGAGCAAGUGCUCCUGUGACCCCGGAAACCGCGCUGCAGAAAUCGUAUGGGCCGCAAAGUAAACGUGGCGGUGCCUCUAUGCACCCCUACAAGGUGCUAGAGGGCAAUGAACACGCCAAGAAGUGCUUCGCCCAGUUCGAAGCCAACGAAGCGAGGCUGUGCGGUGAGUGGGCAGUUUUCUACCACUCGUACUCCUUUGCUGCUUUGAUCUACGAAGUGCACGCUGCGGUGGGCAGUGUGCUGUUUCGCUUUCGAUCACAGUAUGCAACUCUUCCUCGAAUCCUAGUGCAUGAAUUCAAAGAGACUCCAGACGCAGCGUGCUUGAUGAAGAGGUUUCAUGAGGAGUUCGCUGACAACAAGCGGGAUCAUCACCCAGACUUCCGCAGGGUGGGAUUGUCCGUGAUGUGUUCCUUAGCGUCCACGGGACCUGAAGCCUGUGUCGCCAUGGUCUUCAUUGCUGGCUACAGCUGCAAAGACCUUUCCUUCCGGGGCGUGCUCGAGAAUUUGCUGGAAAGCUGCUAUGUUCCCAGAGCCAAGGUGCGGAAGCUGGCAGAUGAGAUCAUCGCCAUGUCAGAGAAGCAUGGCCUGGACGUGUCCCAGUUCGGUGGGAAGGCCUGCCAGAGUGGCAAGCCUGGCCACCUCAUGCAGCUCUUCAUCAAGCGCCGGCUGGUGGACAAGCUGGUUUACGCGGCGAAGCCUUAUGGGCCCAUAGACGAGGAGCGGAUGCCCAUCUCGAAGUGGCUGGACAGCAAUUCGUCGACCCAAGUUGGGCAGGCGCGCGUUUUAGCGCACCCGAAGUACUUCAUGCAGGCCAACUGCGUACGCAUGUUCGUGGCGAGUGCCGACCCCACAUUUCACAGGAACAGACAAGCUUUUCAGAACGAGCUGAUCCAGAAGCUCUCUCUCAUCUUGAGUGAGCCCUCGUUGCGGGAGCGCGCCGCCACGGGGAUGGGGAGUCUGCCGAGGGAUCUAUGGUGGCACGCUACCAUCGUGGUGGACUGCUGAAGAUCAGAGAAAACAUGCUUGAUCCAGUGAGCGUUCCUUUGUGCGUGCUGUGGCGCGUACCCAUUUGGAAGGCAUCUCAAUU